UCUUCUGUCUACUUCCUUAUUCCCAAUGGACAAGCUUAUACGCUGCUGCUUUACUACAACUGAGAGAAAUCCAUUGUCUGAGAUUAUAUCACCCCCAUUGGCCCUUUCUCUGCCAGCAUAUGAAGACUGGAAUGAAUAUUUGUCUACAAUGAGGAGCAAAACCUCAACAGAGCCUGUGACUACUCAACCAGCUCCCACUAGGGGUGUUACAACCAGCAUCACAACCAUCAUGCGUACUGGAGGCAACUGGUCCACUGGUCUGUUUGAUGUCUGCAGCGACAUGAGAGUUUGUGUGUGUGGUUCACUGUGCAGCCCGUGUCUGGAAUGCAGUCUUGCAAGCCGCUUUGGGGAGUGCUUUUGCUUCCCUCUGUUGAUGGGUUCCACCUUAGCCUUAAGAGUCGGCACCAGAGAGAGACACAAAAUACGUGGAACUCUAUGUGAAGACUGGAUGGCAGUUCAUUGCUGCUGGCCUUUUGCAGUCUGUCAAAUGGCCCGAGAAAUGAAGAGGAGACCUGUAUUCCAGGUCUAUGAAAUGUACCCAUCUCCUCCCCCUCCUCCUCCAGUCAGAGAUGCCCUUACUUAAAAAUGUUCAAAGGAGCCUGGGUCAUGGUGCUGCUUUCUCUUUCUCCUACAGUGGCAAAACUUUUUUUAAAAUAAACAAAUAUGCAUUCAA